AUGAGUUCCCACGAGAAAGAGAUAUUGAAUAGUUUUUUAUUACAAUCUCCUCCUUGUGAGUAUGUUGAGUUAGUGAAAGAUUUAAAAUCCAUAGUUUCCGAUCACAAAGCCAUUGAAUGUAUAGUUCCUGAUUCUAUAGUGAAUUAUUGUAACACCAAUUGUUUGUUAGUGGAGACGGAGGGGAAAAAAAUCAUAUUAACAAAAUAUAACCAAGUUGAAAAAACACAAAACGAAUACUAUGACCCCGUCAACCAACAAAUUCACAAAAUUGAUUUUUAUCAGAUGAAAGUGAUUGAGUCGCGUCCUUUUAUAAAAGAAAACACUGAUUUAGAAAUUUUAAGGAAAAAUGUCCAACAACACUUACGCAGUUACACUGAUGAAAAAUACCCACUUGGCUCCGGAAUGGUCUUAGUCAAUGGUCAAAAGCUCAAAAUUGUCAUUUCCGCUAUUCAAAACACAACAAAAAAUUUUUGCACGGGGAGGUGGAAGAGUGUGUGGAAUGUGACUUUAAACAGUUCGAAUGUGGAAGUGACUGGAUCCGUUGAAGUCUUUGUACAUUACUACGAAGACGCUAACAUUCAAAUGCGAAAUGAGUCGGAGAAAAAGUUUAGUGUUGGGUGUGGGACCAAAAACGACGCUUUCCCAAAAAAUUUAAUUAAAUCAAUCGCUGAAGUCGAGGAAAGACUUCACUCACAACUCGACGUCAUUUUUUCUACUAUGAACGACACAACUUUCAAGUCCCUCAGAAGGCAACUCCCCGUCUCUAGAGAAAAAAUUAACUGGGCUAAUUGGAGGGGGGCAAAGAUGGUGGCCUCAAAGUAA